AUGUGUAAAAGCAGACCCCCGGUGAUAUGUCUUCUACUCUUCUUUUUCGCCUUCGUCGGCGCGCAGAUCGACAAGGCUGCUUUGAAACAAGAAGCCUACGAUAUGUUUAUGCACGGAUACCGGUCCUACAUGAAGCACGCAUAUCCUGCCGACGAAUUGAUGCCGUUGAGUUGUAAAGGGCGGCAAAGGGGGGUGACGCCUAGCAGAGGAGAUGUUGAUGAAGCGCUUGGAAACUUCUCCCUAACCCUCGUCGACACCCUGGACACCCUCUACGUCAUUGGCGAAUUCGACGAGUUCUCGAGGGCUGUGAAAUUGAUAGUAGACAACGUUCGUCUUGAUUCUGACCUUGUCGUCUCCGUUUUUGAGACGAACAUCAGAAUGGUCGGCGGACUGAUCUCGGGGCAUUUGAUGGCCGAACGAUUACGCGGGCAAAGUCCUGAAUAUUUGCAGUGGUAUACCGACAAGCAGCUGUUGAAAAUGGCUGUCGAGCUGGCCGAUCGGUUACUUCCGGCCUUUAACACAACCUCUGGGAUACCUUACGGAAAGAUCAACCUGCGCCACGGGAUGCUCGAAUACCUGAAACGCCAGAAAGACACCUGCACCGCGUGCGGCGGCACAUUGCUUUUGGAAAUGGCCGCGCUCAGCAGGCUGACCGGCAACCCAAUUUACGAGGAAAAAGCAAAGAAGGCCAUGGACUUUUUGUGGGCACAGCGGCAUCGAAGCUCCGAUCUGAUGGGGACCGUUCUGAACGUGAAUACCGGAGAUUGGGUGCGAAGAGAUUCUGGGAUCGGCGCCGGGAUUGAUUCGUACUACGAAUAUUGUCUGAAGGCCUACAUUUUGCUGGGCGAUCAUCACUAUUUGGAGCGGUUCAAUCGACAUUACGAAGCCAUCAUGCGAUACGUCAACAAGGGUCCAUUCUUUGUUGAUGUCCACAUGCACCGCCCUACUGUAGCCACACGUUCUUUCAUGGAUGCGCUCCUGGCCUUUUGGCCCGGACUCCAGGUCCUGAAAGGCGACAUCAAAGAAGCCAUCGAGAUGCACGAGAUGUUGUACCAGGUGGUCAAGAAACACAAAUUCCUGCCCGAGGCUUUCACGCACGAUUUUCAAGUGCACUGGGCAGAGCAUCCGCUUCGCCCGGAAUUCCUGGAAUCGACAUAUUUUUUGUAUAGAGCUACGCACGAUGAGCAUUACUUGGAAGUUGCGACAAUGAUCAUGCAAAGCCUGAAUGAAAACGUAAAAGUUCCGUGCGGAUACGCUGGCAUCAAGGACAUACGAACGAUGGCCCAUGAGGACCGUAUGGACUCGUUCGUCCUCUCCGAGACAUUCAAAUACCUCUACAUGAUCUUCUCCGAACCAGAAGAUUUGCCCCUCGAUCCCGAUGAGUACGUGCUCACCACAGAGGCCCAUUUCCUGCCACUGAGCAUGGCCAAGGUGUUCGAUGUUGAGAUCCCUCGAAAGAUCAUCUUUGACGCCAGGGGGAAGAGGAAGUCGAUGCGGCCAAAGCUCUUCAUGCGAAUCCGCGUCCUAGAAGAGGUAGCAGUACUCCAAGCCCAACACGCUGCUCAGGGCAGCGGCCAGUGCAUGAAGCCGACGGAACGCCUAAAAGCCUGGGCGUUCGAUGCGAAAGACGCCGACCACAUCCGCCAGCUUCGCCAGAUGGGCAUUGACGUCCAAGUUCAAGACGACGGCCGGAUACAUCUCAGCCAUCACGCAACGAAUGCCGCCAGCGUGGAAAUGGCGAGAUGGGGUCUCGAAUUCCUUCUAGAAGCCGAUCAGCUGGCGAAGAAGUUGGUCGAGCAAGCUGCAGCAGCAAGCCGUGAACAACCCCAACCCGACAUCUACAUCCAGCUGCUCUCCUAUCCCUAUUUGGGAAAACCGGUGAUGCUCGCCGCUCCGGCUCAAUUUGGGAGGCUUUUGGAGGACUAUUCGGUCGAAGCCGAAGUCGCCUUUUCCGUCCCAUUCUCCGGCUGCUCCUCCUUGCUCAACGGGCCCCAGGUCAAGGGAAAAGUGGUAGCGGUUCAGCGUGGCGAUUGCAUGUUCCAGGACAAAGCCCGAAAUGUACAGGAAGCUGGCGCCGUUGGCGUUAUUGUCAUUGAUAACAAACCUGGGACUUCUGCCGAAACGAGUCAGCCAUUUGCCAUGUCUGGGGAUAUCGAAAAGGAGGAUGAUAUUAAAAUACCAGCUGUUUUCCUGUUCCGACGGGAGGGCAAUAUGCUAAUGAAUCGGCGCGGAAAGACUGCAACUUUUGUUCGGAUCACGAUGAAGCCCUAUGACGAAGAUUCUGUCGUCGAGAGCUUCAUGCGCUGGGGCCCGGGCAUCGGAACUCGACGGUUUUUCCCGAAAUGCGGUCUCGAUGAUGGGUACUUUAUUCGAAUCGAGCCUCCAGGAGAUGCUAUCACGUUCCAAUUUCGAUUUGGCGGCGUCACGCAGGAUAGCGAUCCGCUGGAGCAUCAAGGGAUAACUGAGCGUCACAUCGGGAAUCUGGCGGAUUUGAUGGAGUUUUCGAGUCCACAAAAUGAGCAAGACUUCCUCAAUUUUGUGCGCAACACCGCCUACACGGCCCUAGGACUGAGCGUGAAGGACGAGCCGUUGGCGCCGGUGUUGAAGUUGUUAAAGGACGUCAAACUCGAACGAGAACACCCGGAUCUCUACCGGCUGUUGCCCGGGCGCCUCUACAGCUCCAUUCUUGGUUUUUGCAACAAGCAGCAUGUCGGAAAUCGAUUCGUGAUGCAGUUGGCGUCACCGCUCAUUUUUGGGCUUUUUGGUUGGCUAGAAGCUAGGAUUUCUUGUAAGGGACUCGACGGCCAGAAUGUGGAUUGGUUCGUCGCCUACAAACUCCCUCAAGGUGUAAAUGGCUCUGAUGGCCGGUCCUUCAUUUAUGCUGACGGCAAAAACUCGCAAUGGACCCAAUCUAAAAAACUAAUCUCUGAUGAAAAUUCUGCCAUAGCAGCCACAAUUUCCCAAAUAUAUCGCCAAGACGAGUCCGCCUUCCGCUUCGCUUACUCCGACGAUGGGCCAGCCACUAAAUCAGAUGGCUACAGGGGCCAUGCCAAGGGUGUGCUCAACUUUGAUUCAUCGACCGGAUUUUGGUUAUUACAUUCUGUUCCCAAUUACCCUCCAAUUGGAUCGUAUUCCUACCCACAAACUGGCGUAAAAUUUGCCCAAUCUUUCGUCUGCAUCACCGCUGCCACCGAUGCCCUAAAUGAAAUCGGCGACCAUUUGCGAUAUAUUCAAUCGAACCCGUUUAAUAUUGGACUACCAGAGAAAUUUGCGGCAAAGUAUCCUAUCCUUCGUACCAUCGCCCAGAAAAAGUCACUACCAACCUCCACUGUAAAAUACACACUAAACAACCAGCUCACGACGGUCAACGGAGCCAAAUUCUUUGCUUUUGCCAAGCAUAAGAAAUUUGAUAAAGAUCUGUGGCACGAUCUUAUUGUGCCUACUACACGAGCUUCUUUUGGCGUUCAAAGCUGGCUAAAUGGAGGGGCGGAUGAUUUGGGAUCAACUUGUACCUCGGAGGGAAAUGUCUAUGACAUUGACGAGAUCAAUUUGCUGGGCACCAAAUUCUCGUCGAGCAAGGACCACUCAAAAUGGGCGGUUAGUGAUGAUGUUCGGGUGCCGAUGGUCUGCAUUGGGGACUUGAACCGACAAAAAUCUCAACUAAAACGUGGUGGUGGAGCCUUGUGCAUUAGCGACCAACGACUCUGGCAGACCUACCGAAGUACCGUAUCCCACGUGGCGCCGUGCCAGACGAAAGGGAUCUCACGAGGG